UCAGCUGCUGACCUCUGCAGAGCCAUCCGGGGGAUUCAACUGGUCGUUAAUCUGCUAAGAAAAGAAAAAGGACCAGAAAAAAUGGAACAUGAUCUCGGAGAGAAAGACAGCAUCAGCCCCUCAGAGAUCAGGCUCGUCCUUAUUGGUGGGAGAUGGGCUGGCAAGAGCUCCUGUGGCAACACCAUCCUGGGAGAGGACAGGUUUGAGUGUGGCCGAACCCGAACAGCUCAGUCUGAAGUGAGACAUACAGAUGUGGAGGGCAGGAAGCUCAUCGUGGUCGAUGCUCCAGGAUGGAAAUGCUCCCUCUCCCUCACUGAGAUCCCAGAGAGGGACAAGCAAAGGUUUAAACUCAAUGCGUCAAAGUGUCCGCCCGGACCAAACGCUUUCCUCCUUGUCAUUCCCAUAGACUGUGCUUUCUCUGGGGAGCAGAGGACGACUGUGGAGCAGCACAUGAGGCUCCUGGGGGAGCAGGCCUGGAGAUACACCAUGGUGCUGUUCACCUGUGGGGACGUCCUCGGGAAGAAGACGAUAGAGCAGCACAUUGAGAGUGAGGGAGACGCACUCAAGUGGUUGAUAGAUAAAUGCAGGCACAGGUACCACGUGUUUAACAAUAAGGAGUGGAGGGACUCAUCUCAGGUGACGCAGCUGCUGGAGAAGAUCGAUGAGAUGGUGUGGCACAACAAAGGCAGCUACUACGAGGUAGACGAACAGACACUCAUCAUCAUUGAAACGAAGCAGCAAGAAGUAGCCGAAAAGGCUGAAAAGAGACGAAGGAGGGCCGAGGAACAAAGACAACAAAUGAAAACAGUCAUUAAAGAGUCGACGGAAACUCUCCAAAAACUACAAAUUGUUGUCCUGGGCAGCCGGGGCGUUGGGAAAACCUCAGUAGGGAACACCAUCUUGGGAAUCAAAGACACAGAAGUCGGGACAAGGACAGCACAUUCUGUGGCCCGGCAGGGUUUUGUGGGUAAAACUGAAGUGACUGUUGUCGACACACCAGGUUGGUGGAAAAGCUUCCCUGUGUACGACACUACUGAAGCCAUCAAAGAGGAAGUGAUGCUCAGCAUGUUUCUGUGCCCCCCUGGGCCUCAUGUCUUCCUGCUGGUUAUAGAUGCAGAUGCAUCUUUCAAUGCCGAUCACUUGGAUGCAGUGACGACACACAUGGAGCUUCUCGGAGAAGAAGUGUGGAGACACACCGUCGUAGUCUUCACCAGGGGAGACUGGCUGGGCUCAAACACCAUAGAGCAGUACAUCGAAGGAGAGGGACAGGCCAUGCAGUCCCUGGUCGAACGAUGUGGAAACAGAUAUCAUGUCAUCGACAACAAGAACGCAGAUGAUGGUACUCAAGUCACAGAGCUGCUGGAGAAAAUCACUGAGACUGUGGCAGGAAAUGGUUGGAACCAUUUUGCCCCCGAUGAGAAGAUAUUUCUGACCAUUCAAGAGAAAGAGGCCAGAAGAAGAGCCCUCAGCGGUUCCAGCAAUAGAUUACAGGAGCUGAGGAUAGCGAUGCUCGGUCAGAGGACAACUGGAAAGACUGCAACAGGAAAUAAUCUCCUCCGUGAAGGAGCGUUCACCACCUGUGAGAAUAUGCACUGUCAGGAGGAGAAGAGGGAAGUUGCUGGCAGAUCGAUCUCUGUGAUCGACACCCCGGGCUGGUGGAGGAAUUCCUCUUACUGGUCUCAAGAGAUGGACAAAGAAAUGGUCCGAGGUCUGUCGGGGAGCCCAUUAGGGGUUCAUGCCGUGCUGCUGGUUGUGCCCUUGGACCUGAGGUUCAGAGAAGCUCAACAGGUCGCCCUGGAGGAACACAUGAACCUCUUUGAUGCCAGCGUCUGGAAACACACCAUGGUUUUGUUCACAUACGGAGACAAACUAGCAGAUGACACCAUUGAGGAGCACAUUGAGAGGGAGCAUAUUGCGCUACGCUGGUUGGUGGACAAGUGUGAGAACAAAUACCAUGUCAUAAACAAUAUUAAGAAAAGUGAUCUGAGUCAGGUCACCAAGCUGUUUGAGAAGAUAGAGGAAAUGGUGGCAGGGAACAACGGACAGCUCUUCAUCCCCGACGUCAACAAGAUCCAUGAGAGAAUCGAAGAGAAGUUCAGGAGGUGGCAGCUCAAACAUGUGCUGAAGCAGCGAGUGGAGGAGGAGUACAGGAGGAGAGAGCUGGAGCUGAUGACGGGCUUCAGGGAAACACUCUACAAGCUGCAAGCUGAAAUCAAGGAAAACGUGGCAAGCACUAAACUGAUUGCUGACAUGACCAAAAUCAAAGCCAAGGGUAUCGGUCAGAAGAAGACAGGUGGAAAGGAGAAGGGGGACAACAUAGAUGCGAUAUUCAGCCAAUAUAUUGAGAAGCUGAACAAGGACAUCAUGAGAUCCACAGAUCACCUUGGGAACAGCAUGGACUUCAUGGUCCCAGACUUGAAGCGAGACAAUCCAGCGCCAUCUAUCACCGACUCUCAGUCAGACAGGAGGCGGCCAUUGAAGUCCUCAGCCUCCUUUGAUAAUGUUCUAAGAUGGCUGUCCUCUACUCAGAUCGCAAGAAAUCCAGAGAGCGAGCUGACCCUCAACUUCUCUCAGACCUCAGGAUACAGAUCUGUGCUGCCACAAGACAACCUAGAUUUAUACACAGAGGCUGAUAUUUGUGAAUGACUCGAUGUGAAAAAGGCUAAAAAUUUAGGGUCUGUAGGGGACAAUGCAUUACACCCUAUAGUACUAGAAUUUCCUUUCUAUUCAUGUGAAUUAUUUAUCCCUGUCCUCACAACAAUACAUACACUACACAAUAUAUUUUCCGAUCUGAUUGCAAUAGUAAAGGUGUCUCACUCUCAACCAAUCUGUACACAAUGUUGCUGUUAUGCUGAUAGUUUUAAGCAAUUAAAGGUGAAAGGAAGACAAUCAGGAAACUGUCUCACUGUGUUUUUAUUCUGCAGAGUGGAGAGGCUUUAC